AUGACUGUGGUCAAGAGAACAGAUGAUGAAAUUUGGUAUCGAGGCUACGGUGAUGAUCAGUAUGUAUAUUAUGCUCGGAAGGGGCCAAAGGAAUAUCUGGGAGGCACAUUUGCUGUGGAAUCAUACGAAGAUUUGGAAAAAGCCACCCAGCUUCCUUUAGCUACCGAUAUCCAAGAGCUCUCAGAUGCGCCCGGCGGCGGCUUCUUGGUGACUUUGAAGGAUCCCGAGGGAUACCCUAUCAACUUGCUGUUUGGCCAGGAACCUGCAGAAAAGGGCGUCUUCCCCGAAAAACUCACUAUCAACUAUGAAGCAGAGAAGCCUCGGAUCCGGAAAUUUCAACGAUUCAAUCCGGGCCCGGCCGCUCUUGGCCACUUCGGAGUUUGCACACAGAAUUUCGAGGACCUCGUCACUUUCUAUACGACAACAUUCAACAUUGUGCCUACUGACUUCCUUUACGUGGAAAAGGAAGGCAGCAAGCAGAAUGUCGCGCUGUUUGCGCAUAUUGAUCGUGGAAAUGAGCACGUCGAUCACCACAGUUUUUUCAUGAGCACAAACGCCACGACCCACGUUCACCAUUGUUCCUUCGAAGUCCAUGACUUCGAUACCCAGAAAUUGGGACACCAAUGGCUCGCGGAAAAAGGCUACAAAUCUGUUUGGGGUGUCGGCCGGCACAUUCUCGGUUCUCAAAUCUUUGAUUAUUGGUGGGAUACUACCGGUAAUAUGAUUGAGCACUAUGCGGAUGGAGAUCUAGUGAAUGAUCAAACGCCCAUUGGAUAUGGUCCUGCGGGAGAUGAGUCGUUGGCUGUUUGGGGGCCGGAGGUUCCUGCUUGGUUCUUGCAAUAG